AGAGGUAUCUCCACCAUGGCUGGCUGCUGUUGCUCUAGGAAAUGCCCCUCCCUGCCCGCCAUCUCCCUCUGCUCUACCGAGGUGAGCUGCGGAGGACCCAUCUGUCUACCCAGCUCCUGCCGGAGUCAGACAUGGCAGCUGGUGACUUGUGAGGACAGCUGUGGGUCAUCUGGCUGUGGCUCCCAAUGCUGUCAGCCCUCAUGUUCCGUGAGCAGUUGCUGCCAGCCAGUGUGCUGCGAGGCCACCAUUUGCGAGCCCUCCUGUUCUGUGAGCAGCUGUGCCCAACCUGUGUGUUGCGAGGCCACCAUUUGCGAGCCCUCCUGUUCUGUGAGCAGCUGUGCCCAACCUGUGUGUUGUGAGGCCACCAUUUGUGAGCCUUCCUGUUCCAUGAACACCUGUGCCCAACCUGUGUGCUGCGAGGCCACCAUGUGUCAGCCUGUGUGUUGUGAGACUACAUCCUGUCAGCCUGUCCUCUGCUUGCCUACCUCCUGCCAGCCAGUGAUCUGUAAACCCAGCUGCUGCCAGCCAGUCAUCUGCGAGCCCAGCUGUUGCUCAGCUGUCUGCACUGUGCCUGCUUCCUGCCAACCAAUGAUCUGUGAGCCUGUGAUUUGUGAGCCUGCUUGCUGCCAGCCAGUAUGCCCGACACCUAGCUGCUGUCCAUCUGUCUGCUCUGCAACCAGUAGCUGCCAGCCAGUCGACUGUGAGUCCAGUCCCUGUGAGCCACCUUGCUCAGAGGCCAGUGCUUGUCAACCAACUGCCUGUAUGGCUCUGGUGUGUGAGUCUGUUUGUCUCCGUCCUGUCUGCUGUGUCCAGGGCCCUUGUGAGCCACCAUGUGGUUCUAGCAGCUGCCAAGACUCCUCAUGUUGUGUCUCCAGUAUUUGCCAACCUGUCUGCCCUGAGCCCAGCCCUUGCUUACCAUCGGUGUGUGUGCCCAGUCCAUGCCAACCUUCCUGCUACAUAGUCAAACGAUGCCGUUCUGUCUGCUGUGAGCCUGUUUCCUGCCCAUCUCCCUCCUGCCAACCUGCUUGCUGCCGUCCCGGGUCUUCUGCAUCUGCUAUCUGCCAACCAGCUUGCCCACCUCGGACUUUCUACAUACCCAGUUCCUGCAAGCCAUCUUGUAGUCCAGUUUCUUGCCGCCCUAUCUGCCGCCCCAUCUGUUCUGGACCCAUCACCUUCAGGCAACCAUAUGUGACAUCCAUCACCUACCGCCCUGCCUGCUACCGCUCCUGCUACUCCAUACUACGCCGUCCCACCUGCCUAGCUUCUUACUCCUACCGCCCUGUCUGCUCCCGCCAGCCUUGCACCGAUUCUGACAGCGAUAAGACUGAUUGCAAAAAGCCAACUUCCAGUCAACCCGACUGUGCUGACUCAACACCUGGCAAGACAGAGGUUCCAGAUGAGACUCCCUGCCAGCCUUCUGAGAUCAAACCCGCCAGCCCCAUCACCCGUGAGGCAGCAGGCCCCCAGACUGCUGCCAGCAAGCCUGCUGACCGCUAAGCCAGCCCCAGCUCACUAGCUCCUGCAAAGCAACAGUCAAAAGCCAGAGAGAAACUGGGAAAGCCCCGUGCAUAGCUCAUUAUGACUUAGCUAGAAUCUUGUUCAUUCUACCCGGCCACACACCACUUGCUUAUGCUUCAGAGAACUUAGCAAAAGUUCCAGCCUCCUAGUGGUCCUAGUGAAGAUAUUUUCUCCCGCACAGAGAAUGGAAUGUUCUAGUCUUCUGUCACCAGUACACCGAGAACUGUGUUGCCACACCAUCUGGGCUCUUUCUUGCUCAAGAAGCUCUGUCCUCGUGUAUUGUGUUCCUUGGGAGCAUCUGCAGCGAGAUAUAUUUAAUUGUGCAAUAAAAGUGGACAAGUUGAAGUGACA